CUCAUCAGAUCCCUAAACUCGUGUAGCUUCCUAGAGAAGAAUUUAGCGAAAUCCCAAUACUACCCUUCUCAAAAAUGAAAGUUUCCCCCCCUUCUCGAAAACGGUACCAAUAGUGGCGCGUCUUUAAAACCUUAUUUAGGGUUUCAAAUUCACUCAUUUCACAUCACUCUCACACCACAAUCGUUUCAAUCAAAUUAGGGUUUCGUUCUCUCGUUCUCUUCUCCGUUCAAUUCGCGAUUAUUUCAAAAGUGAUUUUUUCAAAAAGCGAUUAUGGCCGUGAAUCUAACUCAGGGUGCGAUAGUAACGAUGUGUUUCACAUCGGAAGAUUUGCACCCGGUGUUACAAGUUAUCGAUUUGAAGCUUGUUCAGUCGCAGCAGAAUAGUGGUACUGAGAGAUACCGAGUCGUUCUCUCCGAUGGUUUGCAUUAUCAACAAGGAAUGCUCGCUACACAGAAGAAUGAGUUGGUUCAUUCUGGAAGGUUGCAGAAAGGUUCCAUUGUUAAGCUUUCUCAGUUCAUCUGUAACGUUGUUCAGAAUCGCAAAAUUAUCAUCAUAGUUGAUUUGGAUGUUAUAAUGGACAAAUGUGACUUGAUUGGAAAACCUGACCCGGCACCAAAAGAAGAUCCUGCACAAUCUGCUGUGAGUCAUGCAGGAAAUGUACAAUCAGCUGCUGGUCAUUUAGGAAGCAAUGCUGGAAACUCACAGUAUUUGAACAGUGGUUCCCAUACAGGUGGUGGUGUUAAUGUUAGACCAAAUGUAGCUCUGCCAUCUAUGGAUCGUCCGACCGUGAAUCCUCCAGCUAGCGUUGUUUAUUCUAACGGUUCUGGAUCUGCAAGAUACGGUGCAUCUAAUGCCCCUCCACCUUAUCCUAAACCUGAGCCUGGAGUCAGUUUGAACAGACCAGCGUCAGUGAAUGGGUCUUCUGGUGAACAGAAUACAAGUUUCCGCAAUCCACUAUGUGAGACUUCAAGACCAGUGCAAAAUUCUUAUGUUCGCCCUCCUCAGCCUGUGAACCAACAGCCAUCUCCUAUGUACAACAGAGGGCCUACAGGAAGAAAUGAUGCUCCUCCAAGGAUAAUUCCCAUAUCUGCUUUGAAUCCAUAUCAGAAUAUGUGGACAAUUAAAGCCAGAGUAACAGCUAAGGGAGAACUUAGGACCUAUACCAAUUCCCGAGGUCAGGGAAAAGUAUUUUCUUUUGAUCUUUUGGAUUCCGACCGUGGAGAAAUACGGGCAACUUGCUUUAAUACCGUGGCUGAACAGUUCUAUAAUGUAAUUGAAGUUGGUAAAGUCUAUCUGGUUUCCAGGGGAAGUCUGAAGCCAGCUCAGAAGAAUUUUAAUCACCUACCUAAUGAUCAAGAGAUAACUCUUGAUAUCACAUCAGUUAUACAGCCAUGCGUUGAUGAUAACUCAAUUCUACAACAGAUCUACAAUUUCCGUCCCAUUGGUGACAUUGAAAAUAUGCAAAACAACAGCAUUGUGGAUGUGAUUGCCGUGGUUACUUCUAUCAGUCCUACAGCAUCAAUCAUCAGAAAAAAUGGCACUGAAACACAGAAGAGAUCUCUGCAGUUGAAAGACAUGUCUGGCCGAAGUGUUGAAUUAACUGUAUGGGGGAGUUUUUGCAAUACAGAAGGACAAAAGCUGCAAAAUAUUUGCGACUCUGGGGAAUUUCCAAUUUUGGUUGUAAAAUCUGCCAGAGUAAAUGAUUUCAACGGGAAAUCUAUUGGGACCAUUGCCACCAGCCAAUUAUUGGUAGAACCUGAUUUUCCGGAGGCUUUUACACUGAGGGGAUGGUUUGACCAGGAAGGGAGGAAUGUUCCAAGUCAAUCUAUUUCCAGAGAAUCAUCUAGUUUUGGUAAAAGUGAAGUGCAGAAGACUAUAUCUCAAAUUAAAGAUGAAAACUUAGGGACUUCAGACAAGCCUGAUUGGAUAUCUAUAUGUGCAAAUGUUGUAUUUUUUAAAUAUGAUAAUUUUUACUACACAGCUUGUCCUAACAUGAUAGGAGAUAGGAAAUGUAAUAAAAAGGUUACCGACAAUGGGGAUAAGACAUGGCACUGUGAAAGGUGUGAUACGUCUCUUUCUUGUGAUUAUAGAUACUUGCUGCAAAUGCAGAUACAAGAUCACACUGGCAUGACAUGGGUUACUGCUUUUCAGGAAGGCGGCGAGGACAUCAUGGGUAUGCCCGCAAAAGAUUUGUUUUCUGUGAAAUUUGAAGAAAAAGAUGAAGAAAAAUUUAAAGAAAUCAUUAGUAAGGUUGUCUUCACGAAAUACAUGUUCAAGUUAAAAGUAAAAGAGGAGACAUUCAAUGACGAAGCACGUGUUAAGUCAACUGUAGUGAAAGCAGAGAAGAUUGUUAACUUUGCAUCUGAAUCUAAAUCUCUUCUGGAUUUGAUUGAUAAACUUAAGUCUGAGAAAGCAGAAGGUACCACUAUUAACUCUGCUAUCAACACAACUGGACCGGGGAGCCUUCCAAUUGGACAAGCUACGCCACCAGUAUAUAAUCCUAUAAACAGCAACACUAAUACUGGUAGAGAUUAUGGGACCCCAGCAAAUCAAGUGAGUCAGUAUGGAAACCAACAUAACAGUUCUUUUGCUUCAUCAGGUGCUCCUGGUUCAUAUAUGUCAUGCAGCAAUUGUGGAGGCUCUGAUCAUAGCUCUGCACAAUGCCUACAUCUUAGAAAUCCGCCUGAACAGACUGCUGGGGGGGCCUACGUCAACACGGUGUCUGGAUCAGGUGGUGCUUCGGGUAAGUGCUAUAAAUGCCAACAACCUGGACAUUGGGCGAGCAACUGUCCUAGUAUGAGUGCCGCCAACAGGGUAUCUGGUGGAUCCGGUGGUGCUUCAGGUAAUUGCUAUAAAUGCAACCAGCCUGGACAUUGGGCGAACAACUGUCCCAAUAUGAGUGCAGCACCUCAAUCUCAUGGAAACAGUAAUACAGGGCAAGGAAGAUAUGGUAUUGCUCAAAAUCAGCCGGAUGGAAGAUGUUGAAAUUUGGCUAUACACUACUUUUUGAACCGGGUUUAUGUGGUGUUCAUUUCUAUAUUUUUUUUUUUUGAAGUCAUGUCUUAAAAGUUGUCUUUACUCUUGAGUAUGUGAUAUAGAUGACAUAAUUAUGUGGUAUUUGAUGUGGCAUUUCUUGUGCCGAACUUUUGCAAAAUGCCACUUGCAUCUAUUAAUUUCAGCCCUCAUGUCUUUUCCUUUUAGCUGUUACAAUUGAUCAAAAUAGUGAUAUGCAUAUUUAACUGCUUGCUCA